AUGAAAGUCGAAUUUAUUGCACUCUUUCUCUCUCUCUCUCUCUUCCGCUGUCUGUCCCGCUCUCUCUUUCUGUCUUUCUCUCUGUGUCUUCGUCUCUCUCUUUCUGUCUCUCUCUCUGUGUCUCCGUCUAUCUCUUUCUGUCUCUCUCUGUCGCCGUCUCUCUCUUUCUGUCUUUCUCUCUGUCGCCGUCUAUCUCUUUCUGUCUUUCUCUCUGUGUCUCCGUCUCUGUAUUUCUGUCUCUCUCUGUGUCUCCGUCUCUGUAUUUCUGUCUUUCUCUAUGUCUCCGUCUCUCUCUUUCUUUCUCUCUCUGUGUCUCCGUCUCCCUCUCCCUCUUUCUGUCUUUCUCUGUGUCUCCGUCUCUCUCUUUGUCUUUCUCUGUGUGUCUUCGUCUCUCUAUUUCUGUCUCUCUCUCUGUGUCUCCGUCUCUCUCUUUCUGUCUCUCUCUGUGUCUCCGUCUCUCUCUUUCUGUCUCUCUCUGUGUCUCCGUCUCUCUCUUUCUGUCUGUCUCUCUGUGUCUCCGUCUCUCUCUCUCUGUCUCUCUCUGUGUCUCCGUCUCUCUCUUUCUGUUCUCUCUGUGUCUCCUCUCUCUCUCUUUCUGUGUCUCUGUCUUUCUCUCUGUGUCUUCAGCUCUCUCUUUCUCUCUCUUUCUGUCUGUCUCUGUCUUCGUCUCUCUCUUUCUGUCUCUCUCUGUGUCCCUCUCUCUCUUUCUGUCUCUCUCCAUGUCUUCGUCUCUCUCUUUCUGUCUCUCUCUGUGUCUCCGUCUCUCUCUUUCUGUCUCUCUCUGUGUCUCCGUCUCUCUCUUUCUGUCUCUCUGUGUCUCCGUCUCUCUCUUUCUGUCUCUCUCUGUGUCUCCGUCUAUCUCUUUCUGUCUUUCUCUGUGUCUCCGUCUCUCUCUUUCUGUCUUUCUCCGUGUCUUCGUCUCUCUCUUUCUGUCUUUCUCUCUGUGUCUUCGUCUCUCUCUUUUCUGUCUCUCUCUCUCUCUGUGUCAAAUCUCUCUCUUUCUGUCUCUCUCUGUGUCUCCGUCUAUCUCUUUCUGUCUUUCUCUCUGUGUCUCCGUCUCUCUCUUUCUGUCUCUCUCUGUGUCUCCGUCUCUCUCUUUCUGUCUCUCUCUGUGUCUCCGUCUAUCUCUCUCUGUCUUUCUCUCCGUGUCUUCGUCUCUCUCUUUCUGUCUCUCUCUGUGUCUCCGUCUCUCUCUUUCUGUCUCUCUCUGUGUCUCCGUCUCUCUAUUUCUGUCUUUCUCUAUGUCUCCGUCUCCCUCUCCCUCUUUCUGUCUUUCUCUGUGUGUCUUCGUCUCUCUAUUUCUGUCUCUCUCUCUCUCUGUGUCUACGUCUCUCUCUUUCUGUCUUUCUCUGUGUCUCCGUCUCUCUCUUUCUGUCUCUCUCCUUGUCUCCGUCUCUCUCUUUCUGUCUUUCUCUCUGUGUCUCCGUCUCUCUCUUUCUGUCUUUCUCUCGUGUCUUCGUCUCUCUCUUUCUGUCUCUCUCUGUGUCUCCGUCUCUCUCUUUCUGUCUUCUCUCUCUGUGUCUCCGUCUCUCUCUUUCUGUCUUUCUCUGUGUCUCCGUCUCUCUCUUUCUGUCUUUCUCUCCUUUGUCUCUCCGUCUCUCUCUCUUUCUGUCUUUUCUCUCUGUCUCCGUCUAUCUCUCUCUGUCUUUCUCUCCGUGUCUUCGUCUCUCUCUUUCUGUCUCUCUCUAUGUCUCCGUCUAUCUCUUUCUGUCUUUCUCUGUGUCUUCGGCUCUCUCUUUCUGUCUCUCUCUCUCUGUGUCUCCGUCUCUCUCUUCUUUCUUUCUCUCUGUGUCUCAUCUUUCUUUGUUUCUGUCUCUCUCUCUGUCUUUGUCUCUCUUUCUUUGUCUCUCUCUCUUUCUUCUCUCUCUUUCUUUUUCUCUGUCUUGUCUCUCUUUCUUUUGUCUCUCUUUCUUUGUCUCUCUCUUUUCUCUCUUUCUGUCUUUCUCUCUUUGUCUUUCUUUGUCUCUUUUCUCUUUGUCUUUCUUUCUCUCUUUCUCUCUUUCUUUUCUUCUUUGUCUCCUUUUCUUUCUUUCUUUGUCUCUCUCUCUUUGUCUUUCUCUCUUUCUCUUUUUCUCUUUCUUUGUCUCUCUCUCUUUGUCUUUCUUUGUCUCUCUCUCUUUGUCUUUCUUUGUCUCUCUCUCUUUGUCUUUCUUUGUCUCUCUCUCUUUGUCUUUCUUUGUCUCUCUCUCUUUGUCUUUCUUUGUCUCUCUCUCUCUUUGUCUUUCUUUGUCUCUCUCUCUCUUUGUCUCUCUUUGUCUCUCUCUCUCUUUCUCUUUGUCUUUUCUCUCUCUUUGUCUUUCUUUGUCUCUCUCUUUGUUUGUCUCUCUCUCUUUCUUUGUCUUUCUUUUGUCUCUCUCUCUGUUGUCUUUCUUUGUCUCUCUCUCUUUGUCUUUCUUUGUCUCUCUCUCUUUGUCUGUCUUUGUCUUUCUUUGUCUUUCUUUGUCUUGUCUCUGUCUUUUUCUUUUGUGUCUCUCUCUUUGUCUGUCUUUUCUUUCUCUCUCUCUUUGUCUUUCUUUUUCUCUUUCUCUCUUUGUCUUUUCUUUCUCUCUGUUCUCUUUGUCUGUCUCUCUUUCUCUCUGUCUUCUCUCUUUCUCUGUCUCUCUCUCUUUGUCUUUCUCUCUUUGUCUCUCUCUUUCUCUCUGUCUCUCUUGUCUCUCUCUCUUUGUCUCUCUCUCUUUGUCUCUCUCUCUUUGUCUCUCUCUCUUUGUCUCUCUCUCUUUGUCUGUCUCUCUUUGUCUCUCUCUCUCUUUGUCUCUCUCUCUUUGUCUCUCUCUCUCUUUGUCUCUCUUUCUUUGUCUGUCUUUCUUUGUCUCUCUCUCUUUGUCUGUCUUUCUUUGUCUCUCUCUCUUUGUCUGUCUUUCUUUGUCUCUCUCUCUUUGUCUGUCUUUCUUUGUCUCUUUGUCUGUCUUUCUUUGUCUCUUUGUCUGUCUUUCUUUGUCUCUUUGUCUGUCUUUCUUUGUCUCUUUCUCUGUCUUUCUUUGUCUCUUUCUCUGUCUUUCUUUGUCUCUCUUUGUCUCUCUUUCUUUCUGUCUCUCUUUGUCUGUCUCUCUCUUUUCUCUCCGUUUCUCUCUCUUUCUUUUCUUUCUUGUCUGUGUCUCUCUGUCUUUUGUCUGUCUCUUUCUCUGUCUUUCUCUCUCUCUUUCUUUGUCUCUUUCUGUCUUUCUCUUUCUCUCUUUCUCUCUCUUUCUGUCUUUCUCUGUUCUCUUUCUCUCUUUCUGUCUUUCUCUGUCUUUCUCUCUCUUUCUCUCUUUCUCUCUCUGUCUUCUCUCUCUCUCUUUCUCUCUCUCUCUCUUCUCUCUGUCUCUCUCUCUCUCUCUUUCUCUCUCUCUCUUCUCUCUCUCUUUCUGUCUUUCUUUGUCUCUCUCUCUCUCUCUUUGUCUGUCUCUCUUUGUCUCUUUGUCUCUCUCUCUUGUCUCUCUUGUGUCUCUCUCUCUCUCUCUGUCUCUCUCUCUCUUUCUCUCUCUUUUCUCUCUUUCUCUCUGUCUUUCUCUUUCUUUCUCUUCUCGUCUUUCUCUCUCUCUCUGUCUCUUCUCUUUGUCUCUCUCUCUUUGUCUCUUCUCUAUUUCUCUCUCUCUGUCUCUCUCUCUCUGUCUCUCUCUCUGUCUGUCUCUUUCUCUCUCUCUUCUCUUUUUCUCUCUCUCUUUAAAAAAAAAAUGUAAUCUCUCUCUCAAAUAUCUUUACCAUAAAUCACUAGUGCCCAAACUAUUUUUCUUUGGGUCGCACUCGUCAUUUACAAAAUUUACCAGAUGCUAA